AUGCGAUCUUCAAAACCCCAACAAUGUUCUCUUUGUAACCGAAUCUUCUUAACACCUCUAGACCUAAUCUCACACUUGAACACUUUUCACUCCAAUCAUCAUUUUUCCACCUUCUCUUCCUCUGCCGCCGCCGCACCCGCACCCACCACCUUCCGUCACUACCCGAAACUAAACCGGAACCCUAAUCAUGCUUUUCCGGCAAGGAAUCGCUUUGACUUGAAUUAUUACCGUAGUGGUUUCAUAGAUGAACAAGGGAGAUUUCAUAAAGGAUUUCCGGCGGUAAAUCCGGCCAGAAAAUCUAACUUUAUGUUCGGGCAGGAAGAGGAGCCGAAGCUGAUGGAUCUUUUUCCGGCUAUGUCAUCGGACGGUGUUCGUACGCUUCCGCUUCUUCACCAGCUGGAGCAACGGAGACCGCAGGAUGCUGUGACGUUGAAAGGCGGAGCCAUCUCGAGUUCCAUCGACUUGACAUUAAGGCUGUGA